ACCCCCUCCCAAGCUCCUCUACCAAGUCCCUGGAAUUCUGCAACAGGUUUUAGGGUGAAGUGGCAGAAUUGUUUUUGUUUGUAUUAUUUUUGGUAUUAUUAUUCUUGAAACUCACACCUAGCUACGUGAAUUCGACUGAGUAUAGUAUUACUGGGAACAUUGUUAUUUUAUUUAAUCGACAAAAGCGAUUCACUUUGUAGUUCAUUAAAAUGGGACAAGAUUCUUUGGUUAACGCUUCAGAUGAAGUCGUACCUUAUGGGGGGAAGAGUGCUUUCACACAGCUGGAGCAUAAUAUUGUGGCCAGCUACCUCAUCACUGCAGGCAUUGUCAGUUUGGCCAGCAACAUUGUGGUGCUGCUAAUGUUUGUGAAAUGUAAGGAGCUCCGUACAGCCACCAAUGCCAUCAUCAUAAACCUGGCAUUUACUGACAUCGGUGUGGCUGCCAUCGGUUAUCCGUUAUCUGCUGCCUCCGAUCUCCAUGGCAGCUGGAAAUUUGGAUACACUGGAUGUCAAAUCUAUGCAGCACUCAACAUCUUCUUUGGCAUGGCCAGUAUCGGCCUGCUGACUGUGGUCGCCAUUGACCGAUAUCUCAGCAUAUGUAGACCAGACAUAGGCCAGAAAAUGACUGUUCGUUCAUACACACUGUUGAUUCUAGCAGCCUGGCUCAAUGCUGUGUUCUGGUCGUCCAUGCCCAUCGUUGGCUGGUCGGGCUAUGCCCCUGACCCCACCGGAGCCACUUGCACCAUCAACUGGAGGCAGAACGAUGCCUCUUUUGUUUCUUACACAAUGGCAGUGAUAGCUGUUAACUUUGUGGUACCCCUGGGUGUCAUGUUAUACUGCUACUACAAUGUGUCCAUCACUAUGAAGAGGUUCAAAGCAAGCAACUGUCUGGAGAACCUAAACAUGGACUGGUCGGACCAGAUGGAUGUUACUAGGAUGUCAGUAGUGAUGAUUGUCAUGUUCCUGGUGGCUUGGUCUCCAUACUCCAUAGUCUGUCUGUGGGCAUCAUUUUCAGACCCUAAGAACAUUCCUGCCGCAAUGGCCAUCAUUGCUCCACUCUUUGCAAAAUCAUCCACCUUUUACAAUCCCUGUAUUUACGUUGUUGCCAACAAAAAGUUCAGAAGAGCAAUCAUAGGAAUGCUUCGAUGUCAAACCAGGCAGCGAAUGACCAUCAACAUCGAAGUUCCAAUGACCGCCUCACAAAUACCAUUGACCCAAUAGUUGAUGUAAAACGACAUCGCUUAGUUGGGUGUCUUAGUAUCGUCUGUUGGAUAUCCUUUGAUGUUUUGAACAUUCUUUAAUCAUACACAUACUCUGCUGAUUAGAAAAAAUAUGCCAUGAAUACGAAAAACGUAAUGAUGGCAGUUUAUUUAUCUGAGAGAAUUCAAUCUUUUGUUUGUUCUGAAAUUAUUUUGUAUUGUAUAAAACAUUAAAUUAAAAAUGGACUGACUGUUAAUGGCAAUUCCCAUCAGAAUAUAGUUUUGUAGUAUGCAUACAGGAAAACAUUAUAAAGAUGGUAUACGUAAACAAUGGUGGUUUACGGAAUGUUAUUUAAAAACGACUUUAUAAAUCAAUUGAUCACUUAAGGGUUGAAACAUACAGAUUUGCAUAAAUUGAUUAUAAAUAUGAAAAGUAUAAAGAACAACGUAUUGCUAACAGAGCCCCAGAUUUAAGUCCUUUUAGUGACUUAAAUUUGAUAUCAGCUACGACAGCCACAACCAACAUAUAUAAAGUUGUGUAAUGGGAAUGUUUGAAAUGAGACACAUACACUGGAAUUGAAUGGUUGUGUAUUGAGAUAAUGUACGUGGCCAACAGAAAUCUUAUGCAACAUUGGUUUCCAACCAUAAGCGAAUGGCUUCCUUGUUUGUCCUGAUCCACUCGAUGUUGUUCCUGACCGUCUCCAGGGCUUGCUUUCUGGGCAUUUCCCCAGCACCAGCAUUGGG